CCCGUUGGGUUCGUUGGGUGCCGUUCGCAAUUUCCGCUUUGUGGAAAUCGUCGUAUACGCACGUGAUGAUUUGAAAGAGAUAAAAGAAAGAGAAAGAGAUUGAGAGAGACGCUUGUAUGUAUUUCCGGGUAUAUCUAUUUGUAGAAUGGGAUUUUUUUUCUGUUUGUUUUCUAUCGAGUGAUCGGUCGAUGUGUGUACACUUUAAAAACGCAGUAUUUCAACCGCACACUUAAUCGAUUCUUGUGACAAUCGAUACGCUAAACUGUCAACCGACCGAAUGUCAUUAGUCGUUAUUACGGGACACGCAAUCGGCAACUGGUGCUAAUUGGUACAGUGCGCGCGACAUGUCCCAUUUCGCGCUCGCGAUCGAUCGCUCGUAGAUCAUGUCUGUCAUCACGAUGCGUCAGAUAUACAUCGACAUUUGACGUCUCGAAACGCUUCCGUCGAACACGAGGAACCGAACAGAACAUCCGCCGUCAUGUUAUAAAGCACUGAACACAACAACGACAUGGAGACGCUAUAUAGCGGCGCGAUUCACGGCUUUCCGCAAUCCGGGGGCGGAAUGACUUCCACGGGAAUCGCCAGUGCCUUCGACCAGGACGGCGUGUUGAGUCUCGUCGUCGUCCUUGGGGGAAGCCUGUCCUUGGUGGCCUUGGUGUUCGCCUUUAUCACGUACAGUCUCUUCUCCGACUUGAGGAGUCUGGCUGGUACAACCUUGAUGAAUCUUUUGGCAGCCCUGUUCAUGGCCCAGUUGCUGUUUAUCGUGGGAGCCGGAGGAGUGCAGGACUCGGAGCUGUGCAUCUCUCUCGGUCUAAGCUUGCAGUAUCUGCGGGUGUCGGUGGUCUGUUGGUUGGCGGCGAUGUGUCAUCAUCUAUACGCGACCGUGGCGUCGCUACCGCGCCGUGACGACCCGCCAACGUACGUGAAGUACAGCCUGUUCGCUUGGGGCGCGCCGCUCAUCAGCCUCGCAUUGGCGACUUUUCUGCAGAGUCACGAGAGCCACGAUUUCUGGAAUAUCGUCGAUCUCAUCCCCUUCAAUUGCUGGUUUCUGGGAACCUCGGCGACAAUCUACGCAUUUGGUUUACCGGUUGUUCUACUACUACUUAUUUCCGGCUACUACCUCGUUAAAGCUGCGAUCGUGUCGAGGUACACGUGCAGCAUGCAGCUCGAAAUAAAACAGCGCGAGAAAAUGAAGAGGCGGCGGGCGUUGCAGCUGAUGCUGUUCCUGAAGGUCAGUCUGAUCGUUGGUCUCGUGGCCGGCUGCGGGGUUGCGUCCAGAGUCUGGAAGAUCCCUUUUCUAUGGGCGCUCUUCUGCACGGGUCAUUCCCUUCAGGGAUCGGCGGUGGCGCUCUCCGUCGCCUGCAACUGCAGGAUCUUGAAAGUCUAUGCUAGGAAGUCGCACAAGCAGCCGGAACAUCAGAUCGCAAAAUCUAGCAGCAGCAUGCAGUUGCUCGCACCUGCGCCGGAUCCGGUUUAGACGGAUUCCCGGGUUGGUGUCUCUCCGGAACAGACAGGAACAAAGGAAGAGAAAUGACGACUGGCAACGGCUGGUGAUGUCUCUCUCUUUGUCUGACGGGACGUAAUUAUUUUUACGUCGGUGAUCCGCUGACGUUUCCAUCCUAACUUUGCCGGGAUUUCCAUCCGCGCCACUCCACAGUUUCAACCCCGAUGACUUAAUUCAGUCUCCCAUAUCUUUCCGCUUCAAAACUAAACGGAUAGUUUUCAUCCGUGGAGGGAACGUACAGUUUAUGAAAGUUGGAGACACGUGUGUGCGUAUAUAUAAAAAAUUUAUAUAUACAUGUUAGGAAGUUUUUUUUCAUCGAUAAAUAUAUUUCUGCUGCUUUAACGUAACGUAAUUUUGAGUCGAUGUGUGUUUGACAGAUUAUAAAGAUUAUAUAUGUAUACAUCAUUGAUCAGGUUCUACGUGAGAAGAGUGUGCAAAUAAUUUCAAGUUUUGUAAUUUAUUAUUCAUUGCAGUUGGUGUAAAACUGUACAUAUCUUGAUCAGUUUUAUUUUUAUUAUUAUCAGGUUUUAUGUUCUCCGGCGAGAGUCAUUAUACGCGAGUGUUAUACUAACGAAUUUGGGAAGGGGAAGUUAAGUAAGAAAACUAAAGAGUCGAACUCUUCGUGAAAGAAGUAAACUUGAUCUCUUCAAAACUUUUCGGAGCAACGAAACGAGGUAACGUUCUCAGAACUCGGGGGAGUUAACUGCUAGUUUGGAGUAAAGCAGAUUGACAGGCACGAAGAGGACAUUAACUUAUUAAAUAUUGUCGCGUUUCUUUUACUAUUAAUUGAUGAAAAAAAAACAAAACAAAACGAGAGAGAGAUUCAACGUGAAAAUUACGAAAGAAAGAUUGAAUAAAAACUUUGUCGGAGAGCUAAGUAGAAAGAGCCCGAACUAAUUGGAUCUAGUGCGAAAAAUUGGGAUAAAGUUUUAUGAGUAAUUUCGGUCUUACGUUACACUCGGUAGAUUUUCGAGACAUGAAUUGCACGUUGCGUCGCUGCGAAAUCGAUCACGUUUUGGCAAAUUAAUGUUAUGAUUACGAUCCAAUAAUAGCUUUUGCACGUGAAAAGUGUGCGAAUUCUCUUAACAAAACAUAUUAUUAAUUACAUUAUUUUUAAAGGCAUUAUUGGAUCUUACAGUGUGUACGACGCCGCGCAAUGUUGCAACAGCGACAAACGAGAAAAGUAUGUAAUUACAUGUUUCUCGAUGCACAAAGAAUAUAUUCAACUCGAGAGAAAACACUUGGCUGAAUCUUAACAACUUGUUUGGCGAAACAUUUCUAGCAAAGUUUUAACACUCGGUAUUAAACUCAUAACGCAUAAUUUGUUUUACACAGACCACAUUUUGAAUAGUCGAUAGCAUUGCGAGCGACGAACGCACACAAUACGCUUUCUUUUAUAAGCGCGAUCCAAAUUGCCCUUCCAAGAAAAAUUAGUUCAAGUUUUCCGCGUCGGAAUUUUAACGCACUAGAGAAAAAAAAAGUUAAAUUGUUUUGCGAUGAUUUCGCGAAAAAAAGUAACAGCAGUCUCUCUGAAAGUCGAAGAAUAGAGUACGUGCGAUAACGUUAUAAACACAAAUGACGAACGGAAGCCGUCGCUGAACUCCGUCAACGCGCGAUGUUCCCGCGAUGAUGGAUACCGGGUAACGGCGUCGUGCACCGUAAUUCAAUUUGUAGAGAUCACUUAAGGAAUGAAGUGCCGGCACAUCUCGGAAAAGAAGCGAAUGAGCGGAAUCCUAAUGGAAGGCGUUGCCGUGCGCGAUUUACCUCGAAAUUCUCCCGUGUCUACCUUUUGCGUUUAAGAGAGCGGACCCUUUAACCGUGUGAGCUUCUGGUGAUCGAUUGAUCCAAAGAUUGGUUUCGCUCAUCGCUACCGUUCGCCACCGACACUCUAACUAACGACUCUUGACUGAGACCCACCGCAGUCGAGGCGGCGACGCGUGGUGAUGUAUCGGCACCUAUUGCUCGCUAUUUCGCGAGCGAGGAAAGCAUUCGCACACGCCAUCGUUUCUCUUCCCUUUGAAUGGCGUCCAAUCAAGAGAGAACAACGUAUAAAUCGAUCGCUCUACGAGCAUCGAAAGUCGAUUAAACGUACGAGAAGAGAGAACCUAUGUGUAAGAUGGUUGCCAAAAAUAGUUAAAAAUAGUUUUUUUUUUUUUUUCAUUAAUAUCGGAAUGAUAGCUCUUGAUAUAUUUAUAGUCAAAACGUUCAACUAAAAGAAAGGAAUGAAAUAAAAUUGAACAUUUUAUACAAUAAAAAAUGAUAAUUUUAUAUUGAAAUGCUCAUCCUAAUGAAACGAUAAGAAAACGGCCGAAAACAGAAAGAAAAAACAUCAGUUUUUCAUAACAAAAGAAAAAAAAUGUCGAAAUUCACUAGAGAGAAAGGAAAAAAUAAUACACCUCAUUUUUUUUGUAAAUUGCGGUCACAUUCUCUGGGUAGCAUUAAAGCGAGCAUUCCAAGUAAAAUAUAUUGACGACAUUACAUAUCUGAGGCAUAUCGUGAAAUUGCCUGAAAUUAGACCGGAAUUGUUCUUUUCUACAUAAAAGGCAAAGAGAAAUGAUGGCGUGAGAUUACAUUUAGUCGGCGAUUGCGUAUCGAGAGAGAGAUCACGUAGACAAAAAAAAUGUACGACGAUGGAGGCGCUUUGCGGUGUCACUGGGUAAUUCCAAUUCGCUGAGUUUGCUGCUGAACAGAAAAAAAAAAAAGAAUUCGCGCGAGCGAAAACGAAUACGAUAUAUCUAAUGUAGAUCGACAUAUCACACAUACACACACAGCGUUGAAUAAUGUCCUUAAAUUUUUUAAGCGUCGAGCGGAUUGAAUGUCGAUAGAUCGCGCGAGAUCGUUUGUACCGUUUCUGUGCGACUUCGCUUGAUCGAUACACAUUCGCGAAUUGAUUAUCCCUUUUGGGGGAAGAGAUUCUCGUUGACUUGCACUUGAAGGACUCGUGCGAUCAAUUGAUCUCUCAUCAUGGAGAUGAGAUCUGUUUCAGUUCGAGUGAAUAAUUAUAUAUAUCGAAGCGACUGUAAUAUUGCAACGGCACUUCUGCGACAAACAAUAAAACAAAUCUUCCUGUCGAAGGAACAGAUCAGAGACACAUAUCGUACAGAGAGAGAGAAAGAGAGAAAAACAAACAAACAUACAUAUAUACAUACAUA